CUCACCAGCGCGCAGAACAAGCCUUCCUCGGGCCGUUCUAUUUAUGUUUGUGGCGCCGAUUUGCAUAAGGCUCCGCCCCCCGCCGUGGGCGAGGCGGCCGGCACCGCCUCCCGCGGCCAUGUAAGGGAAGAGAGGGUGCGACCCAGGGUAGCUCGCGGCCGCUCGCUGUCUUCCUGGUGCCGUUUAUAGGGUACAGAUACUUCCGCUAUCUGCUUAGAAGCGGCGCGAUCAUGGCGGAGCGUGGUCACCUCCCUCCUCCCAUCAAGCGCCUCUGCUGCAGACCCGGCUACGGCUCGGGGUGCAGGCCAGGCCAGCGGGUGGGCGGUGCCGGACUCGGCAACGGCGCGCUCUGCGCCGGACCCUCCUCUGCCGCCGCCGCCGCCGCCGCCGCCGCCGCCGCCGCCGGGCUGCUGCCGCUCGGCAAAACCCAGAACCCCGAGUCCCUGCUGGACAUUGCGGCUCGCAAGGUGGCGGAGAAGUGGCCCUUCCAGCGGGUGGAGGAGCGGUUUGAGCGGAUCCCGGAGCCGGUACAGCGCAGGAUCGUCUACUGGUCCUUCCCCCGCAGCGAGAGGGAAAUCUGCAUGUACUCCUCCUUCGACACCGGCACCGAGGACCCUGCCGUCGCCCUCGGGGGCACCGGCGCCGCGCCCAGUGGGGGCGCCGAGACCGCCGCCGCCGAGAACCGACUGCCCUUCCAUAGGGGCAUAGCUCUGCUAGACGGCGGUUGUGUCGAUAAUGUCCUGCAAGUCGAGCCUGGUUUUUCAAGGCGCAGUGCUCCUUGCUCUUGUACCUCGAAGUCCCUCAUCAUGGUGACUCAUAAUGAAAGAAACCUAGAAGCAGUUCAGAGAGAGAGGGGUCCUUCCCCUGUAAACUGAAGGGAAACGUACCCAGUAACGUACCCACUAAGAAAUCCUGUGCUGCAUAGUGUUUAUUGUCACUUUAAAAAGAAGUAUGGAGCAGUGCUUCAGUGCUAGUACACAAAUGGCAUGUUGUUUUCCCUUUUUGCUCUGCCAGCUGAUGGUCCUUAUAGAGGUCUGGUCCAUCUGUACUGAUGCAGUAUUAGCAAUUCAGUACAAUGUUAGUGUAAGUAUGUGUUGUCCCAAAAAUUGGGGUUCUUUCACCCAGUGUGCAAAAGUCAAUUAACAUGCAGAGCAGAGAUAAUUGUUUAUUUCAUAUUUGCACAAAGAUAGGAGCUAGGUGGUAAGUCCACAAAACUAGCACACAGCACAAGCUACAAUGUAUUUAUCUUGUUACAUGAUUAGUAAAAACCCGCCUAAAUUCAUGCUCAUUGGUUGGUAAUUACCAUCCCAUCUGCUAUUGGUUAGCUAUAUUUAAAUUUGCCUCACUUGCUAUGUAGAUUAGUACACGCACUCCUUACAGGAGGGGGGCAAAUUUUUUUUGGCUUUGAACUGAAUCGGUGGUUAUGAUCUCACCCUGCCCCCUUUACCUUUUCCCCAGUUACUGCAGGUCUGUGCUGACUUCAUGCUUCUUCGGCAGUUGUUGAAACUUAGCACCUUCUGGGGCGGGAUGUUCCCUUGUUAUCAGUCUUUUAGUUCUUCUUCAAGGGUAUAGCUGUUAGCAAGGCAUGCAUUGUUGACACAAAGUAAUCCGGCUUGCACAAUAAAGCCUUUGUUCAAUGGUCUUCCUUAGAAGAUCAAUGCAGUACCUUGAUCCUAAAUUAAACAGUGUUACUAUAACCUAGGCAUUACCCAAACAUGUAGUUUUACUUAGUCUACAUAUGACAGAACAAAAUACCAGAAUGCUUCUGAAAAGCUAAUAAUAGAGUAAUAGGCACAGAGAUCAAACUCCUAAUGAAUGCCCUCUGGGUACUAUCUAGUUUACCUCUCUCCUUCCCAGACACUUGGCAGCUUUCCCUUCAAGUCUGUCUGCCCAGCAUCCCAUGUUGUCCAUUCACCAGGAUGCCAGCCAUAGCCACAGUGUAAUUGGUGCCUUGUGGGACUGCAGGAGUCUCAGCUGAACAGCAGUGGCAAGGAGGAACUGAAUGUUAAUGUCUGUCCUGGUUUCAGCUGGGAUAGAGUUAAUUUUCUUCGCAGUAGCUAGUAUGGGCCAUGUUUUGGAUUUGUGCUGAAAACAGUGGCGAUAAUGCCGAGAUGUUUUAAUUAUUGCUAAGUAGCGCUUACACUGGUCAAGGACUUUUUCAGCUCCCCAUGCUCUGCCAGGUGCACAAGAAACUGGGAGGGGACACAGCUGGGACAGCUGACCCCAACUGACCAACGGGAUAUUCCAUACCAUAUGA